AAGAGUAAUGAGAGUGCAUCUUCCCAGUUCCAACACAAAUUCAAUGAGUUUAAUAGUCUCUAACUUGCAACAUUUUGUACCUGUUUUUAUUGCUUUCCCUCCAGUCAGUUUCCAACUUCUUAGAGAAUUGAUGCUAUUGGGUGCAAAAGCCAAGAAUUGCCUUUUACUAUGGGAAUUUGCUUAGGAAAGCCUGCAAAGUUAGCUAAUGCUUCUUCUAGCCAGUUUUUAGAGACAAAAACAGAACCUGGAAAUGUGAAACAGGAUUCAACUCCUCCCAACCAGCAAAGUCUUUCAGGCAGUACAAACAGGCCUCUUCAAGUACCGAAACCUGAUCCAUCUAUCUCCAGCAAUCUCAAGUCCUAUAACUUUAAUGAUCUCAAGACUGCCACCAAGAACUUCAGACCGGAUAGUAUUCUCGGUGAGGGAGGGUUUGGAUAUGUCUUUAAGGGAUGGAUUGAUGAGCACACUUUGGCUGCAAGCAGACCAGGAAGUGGGAUGGUAGUAGCUGUUAAAAAGCUUAAGACAGAAAGCUUUCAAGGUCACAGGGAAUGGCUGGCAGAAGUCAACUACUUAGGUCAGCUUCACCAUCAAAACUUAGUGAAGCUUAUAGGGUAUUGCUCAGAAUCAGACAAAAGACUUCUAGUCUACGAGUUCAUGCCUAGGGGAAGUUUGGAAAAUCAUCUGUUUAGAAAAGGAGUUCAACUUAUGGCUUGGGCAACUCGGAUGAAAAUUGCAGUGGAUGUCGCGCGAGGGUUGUCCUACUUGCAUAGUUUAUGCGCCAAUGUCAUCUACCGUGAUAUGAAGGCUUCGAACAUUCUACUUGACUCAGACUUCACUGCAAAACUUUCAGAUUUUGGCCUUGCAAGGGAUGGUCCAAGUGGAGAUAGAACUCAUGUCUCAACUAGAGUAAUGGGAACUCGGGGAUAUGCUGCACCAGAAUACGUAGCAACAGGUCACUUGACACCAAAGAGUGAUGUGUACAGCUUUGGAGUGGUGCUGCUAGAGUUGUUAACAGGAAAAAGAGCGAUGGGAGAUGAAAACAUUGGAGGUAAUGAUGAAACUUUGGUAGAUUGGGCAGUGCCAUUCCUUGGUGAUAGCAGGCGAGUUACACGAAUCAUGGACACAAGGUUAGGUGGUCAAUACAACAAGAAAGCUGCCCAAGCUGCUGCGGGUGUUGCAUUACAGUGUCUCCACAUAGAUCCUAAGCUCAGACCAGCAAUGCCCGAGGUACUAACCAACCUGGAAGUGCUUCUCACAGCCAAGGAUAGUCCUAGGCUUCCACUCCAAUCCAAGCUUGACACCAAUGUGACUUUGGCCGAGAAAUCUACUCAUCCUCAGAAGAAUGCAAGAGCAAGCUCACACCCACGAUAACUUGUGUACAAAUCCUGUAUAAUUUGAGACUCUCUAGCAUAACAGCAAGGCUGCUUGAAAUGAAAAAAGGGUUUGAGAGGAAAAUGCACAAGGGAAAGAAAAAAUGAAAGAGAGCGUAAUUGCCAUUUCUUGUAUAUUAGCAAGUUCUGUUACCUGAUAUUGGUAUUUUCCCAGCUGUUGAGUGUAUAAAUUGUUAGAACAUGUAAAUGAAUGCUGACCGACCUCCGCGGUUUUGCCAUUUUUUGUAGUCUUCGUUUCGUUUGCUGUUGGAUUUGCUCGUUGAAAGCACAUUUGUGUAAAUAUUAUGCCAGACAGAGUAACCAUUUUUCA